AAAGAAAGGACCAGAAAAGGAUGUGGGUCCUGGCUGCAAAGAGAGAGGGCCGGGCAUGAGAUAUAUAAAUAGAGGCUUCCUCGUCCGGUUUAGAUGCAGCAGGCAGGUAUAACUUCAUUCAUAUAUUGAAUCCCACUCCGGCCUGGCCUGUUAGCUAGAUAUAAGAUGGCAGGAAACCAAGUGGUUGCUGUGGACAUACGGGAUGGCGAAAGGUCAAAUCCCGAUAUGUCUUCUUCUGAUGCUGGAUGCGGCGGCUUCGGUUUAACCCUCCCUUUUUUCCAAAAGUUGAUUGCAGAGAUAUUGGGGACAUACUUCUUGAUGUUCGCGGGGUGCGGCUCGGCGGUGGUCAACGCCGAGAAGGGCAGCGUGACGUUCCCGGGGGUGGCCAUAGUGUGGGGCCUGGCGGUGGUGGUCAUGGUCUACUCCGUCGGGCACAUCUCCGGCGCACAUUUGAACCCUGCCGUUACCAUUGCUUUUGCAUCCUGCAACAGGUUCCCCUUCCAACAGGUGCCUGCGUAUAUAUCAGCACAGAUGAUUGGAGCAACUUUAGCAAGUGGAACCCUGCGGUUGUUAUUCAACGGAAAACAUGACCAUUUCGCCGGCACACUUCCGACGGGGUCCGAUCUGCAAUCCCUAGUCAUUGAGUUCAUCAUCACAUUCUAUCUCAUGUUCGUCAUUUCCGGCGUCGCCACCGAUAAUCGAGCUAUUGGAGAACUUGCUGGCCUUGCAAUCGGAGCUACCAUCUUACUUAAUGUCAUGUUUGCUGGACCGAUAACAGGGGCAUCAAUGAACCCAGCAAGGAGCUUGGGGCCAGCAAUAGUGUGGCAGCAGUACAAGGGGAUUUGGAUAUACUUGGUGGGGCCAACCGCAGGGGCCAUAUCGGGGGCUUGGGUGUACAAUGUCAUUCGAUUCACAGAUAAACCCCUGCGUGAGAUCACCAAAAGUGCCUCUUUUCUCAGGAGCAAAGGUUCCAGCCGCAGAUAGCUAGUUUUUCUAGCUUCCUUCAAGCUCGAUCAAUUAAGCAGCUGCGGCAGGCAGGGCUCUGGUCUGUCCACGCUAAUUGAUCGCCGGCCUCCUCCGACCAUAUAUUAGUUGCUUGUGUUUCAUCCAACUCGAUCGUACCAGCAUUAAUUAGCAGCAUGUUUUGAUAUAUGUAUAACUGUAUAAGUACUUCCUAUUAUUUGUAGUCCGGCCGGCCAGUUAUGUUUCCCUCCCUUCACACCUUUCUAGCUACUUUCUUUUCUACGCAUCAGAUCAGAGCCCGGCCGCCUGGCCGGCCUAGUCCUUUUAACGUUAAUGUAAAUGUAUCACUGCACCUCUCUCCCUCUAAUUACGUAUAUAUAGUAUACGAGUAGUACUUGAUUUACAACGUUUAAUUAAACACUUUCGUCAAAAAAGUUUGGCAUCUCGUUCAUAUAA